AUGUGGUGGAAUGCAACAGUGGUAUAUGAUGAAGUGGGGAAGAGAAUUGUAGCGACAACCGGUCAACAUCAUUUGAGUGAAACUUUCCAGAGAUCUCUAUGUCUGAAUGACUGGAAAUGUAUUCGCAACUUUACUGUGGUGAUUGACCAAUCCGAGAUACGCUUGACGAGGAUCAGAGCAAAGAUAGUCCUCAUAGGGAGAACAAAAGUCACCCGAGCUGUAGAUCCAAAGGUUUAUCAACUGAUGGAUUUGGUGAAAUUUGAAGACGUGGUCCAUCGUAGUAGCGCAAUGGGUGGAACUUAUCAUGUUGGAAAGUACAAAAUACACGUUGAAAAUCCGGGAAAGAUUUCAUCGUUCCAGUUUAAUCCACCAUGGACAGUGAACUGCCAUGCUGACAGAUUUUGUGAAGAGACGUGGAGGAUUGAAGCUGAAGAAAUGAGCGAAGAUGAUGGAUCUUCGCGCAAUGACGAGCUCUUCCAGUGA